GGAACAUAUAAAGGACAUCAGACAUGCACGCCCUUGCCUGUUUCGGUUAUUUGAACGCCGGAUCAAGAUCGUUAAUGUUUCCCAGUCUUGGCCCUGCACAAAGUGUCAGGGUGAGAAUCUGGGGUAGCCAGGUCCCGAAUCUUCCUCCAACGGGACAAUUAUCCGAUCACCACUAUAUAUCUCUGACCCGCCAAGUACUGAACGUCGAAUCCAACCUUGCGACACGUCUUGGUCACAACUAAUCUGUAAUUACAGGAUAGUUCGACAAGACAUUUCAAUUAAAUGGACUACGCCUUUCAGUGCGAUCCGCCGUCAGCACAAGCAAUGUUCAUUGCGAAAGCGCGCGGUUCUCCAACUCCACCAUACAGCGAGUCAGAGUCCAAACGCCGCAGAGCAUACAUAAUGAUCCUGGAUUCGCCAGAUGUGAUGCUGUACACGGAUCACUUCUUUGUGUUUUGAAUAAUCCACCAUGAAGCUCUCUACGACUCUACUCUUUUUCGUCUCUGCUUUGGUCUCAGCAGCACCCACACCCACCAUCGAGGAGGGCGCUGCAAAGGUACUAGCAAAGAGAGCAAGUGUCACUGAUGUCGCCAACAUCGGCUUUGCCACGCAGAAUGGAGGCACCAAGGGCGGUGCUGGUGGCCCAACUACCACCGUAAGCACACUGCCUCAGCUAUCAGCUGCAGCGGGUGCUGCUGGCGCUCGCAUCAUCGUUGUGCAAGGCGCCAUCAGUGGUGCUGCGAAGGUCCAAGUCACAAGCGACAAGACCAUCGUUGGAAAGGCUGGAAGCUCUCUCACUGGUAUCGGUCUCACGAUUCUCGCCCAGAAGAACGUAAUCAUCAGGAACCUGAAGAUCGCCAAAGUCCUCGCAGCAUACGGGGAUGCUAUUACCAUCAACGAGUCGAAGAACGUUUGGGUCGACCACUGCGACCUCUCCGGCGAUGAGACAGUCGGCAAGGACACCUACGACGGCCUGGUCGAUCUGUCACACGCAGCAGACUUCGUCACCAUCUCGCACACUUACUUCCACAACCACUCCAAGGGCACCCUAGUCGGCCACUCCGACAAGAACGCCGCCGAAGACACCGGUUUCCUGCGCGUAACCUACGCCAACAACCACUUCUACAAGAUCGCCUCCCGCGGCCCGCUGCUGCGCUUCGGCACCGCGCACAUCUUCAACAACUACUACAACGAGCAGGACACAGGCGUCAACACCCGCAUGGGCGCCCAGGCCUUGGUCCAGAGCACCGUGUUCGAGAACAGCGGCAAGAAGAUGGUGUACACGGAGAGCAGCUCCAGCGAUGGCUCGGCAGUGGUCAUCGAUACCAUCUUUGGUGGGCAGAGCGCCAACACGGCGCCCAAGGGAACGUUGACUGCGAGCUCGUUUACCUAUCCGUACACGCUGCUGGGCAGCGCCAACGUGAAGGCGUCGGUGGUGGCUAAUGCUGGACAGAAGCUUGCAUUCUAAGCAGCAUAAGCCAUCCGUCUGUGAUGAUGCCUGUCUCUCGAGAAUUCUUUG